AUGGUUUCUUCGAACCAAUUAGCUGCUCUAUCUUUCUCUUCCCUUCUCCUUACUCUGCUUCUGUGUUCAGCAGGAGCAAGUACUUCUCCCAAAAAUGCCACCAAAAUUGGCCAAGGUUACCGUCUUGUCUCCAUUGAAGAGACCCCUAAUGGUGGCCUUGUAGGAAUCCUCCAAGUUAAGCACAAAACCAAUAUCUAUGGCCCGGACAUUCCCCUUCUUAGAUUCUAUGUCAAGCAUGAGGCAGAUAAUCGUUUAAGGGUACACAUUACCGAUGCACAGAAGCAAAGGUGGGAGGUUCCCUACGACCUUUUGCCGAGGGAGCAACCACCACCGUUGACUCAAAGCAUUGGGAAGUUCAGGAAGAACCCUAUAACUGUCUCUGAGUAUUCAAGUUCUGAGUUUCUGUUUAGCUACACUUCAGACCCUUUUAGCUUUGCCGUGAAAAGGAAGUCCAAUGGUGAGACCCUUUUUGAUACCUCCUCUGGUGAUUCUGACCCUUUUAGUUCUCUUGUUUUCAAGGACCAGUACCUUGAGAUUUCAACCAAAUUGCCUAAGGAUGCGUCUUUGUAUGGUUUGGGAGAGAACACACAGCCACAUGGAAUCAAGUUGUACCCUGGUGACCCCUACACCUUGUACACCACUGACAUUUCAGCCAUUAAUCUCAAUGCUGAUCUGUAUGGAUCACAUCCUAUGUACAUGGAUCUCAGAAACACAGGUGGCAAGGCUUCUGCUCAUGCUGUUCUGUUGCUCAAUAGCAAUGGAAUGGAUGUUUUCUACACAGGAACUUCUCUCACUUACAAGAUUAUUGGAGGUGUUUUCGACUUUUAUUUCUUUUCCGGGCCUAGUCCUCUUAAUGUUGUUGAUCAGUAUACUACCUUAAUUGGCAGACCAGCUCCAAUGCCUUACUGGGCUUUUGGAUUCCACCAAUGCAGAUGGGGAUAUCACAAUCUCUCAGUGGUUGAGGAUGUUGUGGAGAAUUACAAGAAGGCUGAAAUCCCACUUGAUGUGAUCUGGAAUGAUGACGAUCACAUGGAUGGGAAAAAAGACUUCACACUCAACCCAGUCAACUACCCUCGUCCAAAGCUUUUGAACUUCCUGGACAAGAUACACAGCAUUGGCAUGAAAUAUGUUGUUAUUAUUGACCCUGGAAUUUCUGUUAACACUAGUUAUGGUGUACAUCAAAGGGGUGUAGCUAAUGAUGUUUUUAUCAAGUAUGACGGAGAACCCUUCUUGGCUCAAGUUUGGCCUGGGGCAGUAAACUUCCCUGAUUUUCUCAAUCCAAAGACUGUUUCUUGGUGGGUUGAUGAGAUCCGCCGCUUCCAUGAACUUGUGCCUGUUGAUGGCCUGUGGAUCGACAUGAACGAAGCUUCAAAUUUCUGUUCUGGAAAGUGCAAAAUUCCCAAGGGACAGUGCCCUACUGGAACAGGACCUGGAUGGAUAUGUUGCUUGGAUUGCAAGAACAUAACGAAAACUAGGUGGGACGAUCCUCCAUACAAGAUUAACGCCUCAGGACUAAAAGUUCCUAUUGGCUUUAAAACAAUAGCCACUAGUGCAUACCACUAUAACGGUGUUUUAGAGUAUGAUGCUCACAGUCUCUAUGGCUUCUCACAAUCCAUUGCAACUCACAACGGCCUCCAAGCGCUUCAAGGAAAAAGGCCCUUUAUUUUGUCCCGGUCCACUUAUGUUGGUUCAGGCAAAUAUUCUGCACAUUGGACUGGUGAUAAUCAGGGCACAUGGGAGAACUUGAAGUACUCUAUUUCCACAAUGCUCAAUUUUGGCAUAUUUGGGGUGCCAAUGGUGGGUUCAGAUAUAUGUGGCUUCUAUCCACAGCCUACUGAAGAACUAUGCAACAGAUGGAUUGAAGUAGGGGCUUUCUACCCUUUCUCAAGGGAUCAUGCAAACUACUACUCCCCUAGACAGGAGCUUUACCAAUGGCAGUCAGUAGCUGAGUCUGCUAGAAAUGCUUUGGGUAUAAGGUAUAAACUACUUCCAUACCUUUACACCCUGAACUAUGAAGCUCAUGUGAGUGGAGCUCCAAUUGCCAGACCUCUUUUCUUCUCAUUUCCAACAUACACCGAAUGUUAUGGCCUUAGCACCCAAUUCUUGCUAGGAAGCAGUCUCAUGAUUUCUCCGGUGCUUGAGCAGGGAAAAACACAAGUGAAAGCACUAUUUCCUCCAGGUAGCUGGUACAGUUUACUUGAUUGGACACACACCAUUACAUCAAAAGAUGGAGUCUACGUUACCCUCGAUGCUCCUCUACAUGUUGUCAACGUCCAUUUGUAUCAGAAUACCAUUCUUCCUAUGCAGCAGGGUGGAAUGGUCUCCAAGGAGGCUCGAAUGACACCCUUCACCCUGAUCGUAACCUUCCCAUCGGGCGCAGCAGAAGGAGAGGCUAAGGGGAACCUUUUCCUUGAUAACGAUGAACUUCCAGACAUGAACCUUGGUAAUGGCUAUUCAACCUAUGUUGAUCUCUAUGCAACUGUGAAGCAAGGAGCAGUGAAAGUUUGGUCAGAUGUCCAAGAGGGCAAGUUUGCCUUGGACAAAGGUUGGAUUAUUGACUCUAUAUCCGUGUUGGGAUUAGAAGGAAGUGGUGCAGUGUCUUCACUUGAGAUAGAUGGAAAGCCUCUAAUUGGUGUGUCAAAUGUGAAUGUUAGUACAUCACAACAUCUGCACUUAAACAGUGAGGGAGAGGGAGAAAAGAAGACCGUGAUGGUUGCUUUGAAGGGCUUGAACAUCCCUGUGGGUAAAAACUUUGCUAUGACCUGGAAAAUGGGGUGA